AAUUCCACGCGCAGGGGGAAGAGUUCAGUAUCACCACGGAAGUGGGAACGGAGUGCGCGUGAGACUUGAGCCGGGCUUCAGGCAGCACGAUGUGGGCUCGGAUAGUAGCUGGAGGGGGGGCUCUGGGGGGUUUGGGGGGUCCGGGGGGCCCGGGGGGCCUGGCGGGUCCCGGAGGUCCGGGGCUCGGGCUGCUGCGGGUCGGAGCGGGAUGCACCGGCCACAGGCUCCGGCAGCAGAGGAUGGCGUCCGGCGGAGAGACGUUGAAGAAGACGCCGCUGUUCGACUUCCACCGGGACCAGGGAGGGAAGAUGGUGGAGUUUGCAGGUUGGAGUAUGCCGGUGCAGUACAAAGACAGUCACAUCAGCUCGCACAUGCACACCAGAGAACACUGCUCCAUCUUCGACGUCAGCCACAUGCUGCAGACCAAAGUCCACGGCCGAGACCGGGUCAAGUUCAUGGAGUCUCUGGUGGUCGCAGACGUCGCAGAACUCAAUGAAAACCAGGGGACACUGUCUCUGUUCACCAAUGAUAAAGGCGGGAUCAUCGAUGACCUCAUCGUGACAAAAACCGACCAGGGUUACCUCUACGUGGUCUCCAACGCCGGCUGUGCUGAUAAAGACUCAGCUCAUAUGAAGGCCAAAGUGGCGGAGUUCAAAGCUGCAGGGUUCGAUGUGGACCUGGAGUUUCUUGAUGAAGCCCUGAUUGCUGUACAAGGUCCGUCCAUGUCUCGGGUCCUUCAGGAGGGUCUGAAGGACGACCUCGGGAAGCUGACCUUCAUGAUGUCCACUCUGGCAACAGUGUUCGGCGUCCGCGACUGCAGGGUGACGCGCUGUGGAUACACCGGCGAGGACGGAGUGGAGAUCUCCGUCCCUCGGUCCAAGGUGGUGGAGUUGACGGAGACGCUGUUGAAAAACCCUGAGGUGAAGCUGGCCGGUCUGGGCGCCAGGGACAGUCUGAGGCUGGAGGCGGGGCUCUGUCUCUAUGGCAACGACAUCGACGACACCACCACACCAGUAGAGGCCACUUUAGUCUGGACCAUAGGAAAGCGUCGACGUCAGACCAAGGGUUUCCCUGGUGCCGACAUCAUCGUACCUCAGAUUAAAGCCAAAACAGCGAAGAAGAGAGUGGGUCUGGUGUCAACAGGCCCCCCCGUCAGACCACACACCCCCAUACUGAGCCCCGACGGAAAGGUCAUAGGGGAGGUGACCAGUGGCUGCCCGUCUCCCUGUCUGAAGAAGAACAUCGCCAUGGGUUACGUGGAGGCUGCAUUUGCUAAAAACGGAACGGCAAUCCAGGUGGAGGUCAGGAAAAAGGCAGUGCCGGCCACCGUCAGCAAGAUGCCAUUUGUUCCUACUAACUACUACAGCGGAUAGAAAGGCAGAGGCUGCAGCAGGGCAUCUAUCUUGACAGAGGUCUGCACUCUCUGAGUGCUUUUCUUGUUUCAAAUAAUGUAUACCAUAAAUGUGCAAAAUCAUCAGCUAACAGCAGCAGAAGGUUAAUAAGACCGUUGUUUAUCAUUGGCCAUGAAUCCCUCGUUCCUCUCCUCCAUGUUGAAAAGAUCGUGUAUCACAAUUUUUUCCUAGUUCUCCAGUGGAAAAUACAACACGAGGGGGCGUUCAUGUGCAGUUUUCCUGUUUUCUAACUAGUAUUUACUAUAAUUCCAGCAGCACAUGAAGGCAGCAUAAGCCCUGCCCCUUCCCGUUUCAGAUAAACUAUGAAAAUGUUGGUCAUUGGACAGAGAUGAAUAAUUGGAUUGUGUCAUUAUUUACACAUAUGACGUUGUACAAGAAAGUGUCGUUUGUGGUAAAGAAACAACAGCUGAAUGGACACAUUUUACAUUCCACGUUCCAUCUUCAGACUCUGAGCAGAAACCGUUACCGUGGCGACACCUCCGUGACCUUGAGGUGUGAAGUCUUUACAUUUACGGAUUUACACCGUCUGAUACUUCAGCUGUUUUACAACAAACUCACACUUUAUUCACUUGGAAAAUUAUCUUUAAACUGACAAACCUCAUAUGUGUAAUUGGUGGAAUAAUUUAAUAGAAUUACUGGUUUUUCUUCUAUAUUAUAAAAGCCAAGUGGCCUCUG